AUGCCGGUCAUGAAGGGGUUGCUGGCCCCGCAGAACACCUUCCUGGACACCAUCGCCACCCGCUUCGACGGCACGCACAGCAACUUCCUGCUAGCUAACGCACAGGGCCCACGGGGCUUUCCCAUUGUCUACUGUUCCGACGGCUUCUGCGAGCUCACAGGCUACGGCCGCACCGAGGUCAUGCAGAAAACCUGCAGCUGCCGCUUCCUCUAUGGUCCAGAGACCAGUGAGCCAGCCCUGCAGAGGCUGCACAAGGCUCUGGAGGGCCAUCAGGAGCACCGCGCUGAAAUCUGCUUCUACCGAAAGGAUGGCUCAGCCUUUUGGUGCCUCCUGGACAUGAUGCCCAUCAAGAAUGAGAUGGGGGAGGUCGUACUUUUCCUCUUCUCCUUCAAGGACAUCACUCAGAGCGGAGGCCCAGGACUUGGCCCCCCAGGAGGCCAUGGCGAUAGUAAUCAUGAAAACUCCCUUGGCAGGAGGGGAGCCAGCUCAAGACUUCGAUCUGCCAGGAGGCAGAGCCGUACUGUCCUACACCGACUGACCGGCCACUUUGGCCGCCGGGGCCAGAGAGGCAUGAAAACCAAUAACGUGUUUGAGCCAAAGCCAUCAGUGCCCGAAUACAAGGUGGCCUCCGUGGGGGGGUCCCGCUGCCUCCUCCUCCACUACAGCGUCCCCAAGGCCAUCUGGGACGGCCUCAUCCUCCUCGCCACCUUCUACGUUGCUGUCACUGUCCCCUACAAUGUCUGCUUCUCGGGUGAUGACGACACCCCCAUCACGUCCCGACACACCCUUGUCAGCGACAUCGCCGUGGAGAUGCUCUUCAUCCUGGAUAUCAUCCUGAACUUCCGCACCACCUAUGUGUCCCAGUCUGGCCAGGUGGUCUCUGCUCCUCGUUCCAUUGGCCUCCACUACCUGGCCACCUGGUUCUUUGUUGACCUUAUUGCUGCUCUACCUUUUGACCUGCUUUAUGUCUUCAACAUCACCGUGACAUCGCUGGUGCACCUGCUGAAGACGGUGAGGCUGCUGCGGCUGCUGCGGCUGCUGCAGAAGCUGGAGCGGUACUCGCAGUGCAGCGCCGUGGUGCUCACACUGCUCAUGUCGGUCUUUGCGCUCCUUGCCCACUGGAUGGCCUGCGUCUGGUAUGUCAUCGGGCGCCGGGAGAUGGAGGGCAACGACCCGCUGCUCUGGGACAUCGGCUGGUUGCACGAGCUGGGCAAGCGGCUGGAGGUGCCCUAUGUCAACGGCUCAGCGGGCGGCCCGUCGCGGCGCAGCGCCUACAUCGCCGCGCUCUACUUCACGCUGAGUAGCCUCACGAGCGUGGGCUUCGGCAACGUGUGCGCCAACACCGACGCCGAGAAGAUCUUCUCCAUCUGCACCAUGCUCAUAGGCGCGCUGAUGCACGCCGUGGUGUUCGGGAACGUGACGGCCAUCAUCCAGCGCAUGUACUCGCGCCGCUCGCUCUACCACAGCCGCAUGAAGGACCUCAAGGACUUCAUCCGCGUGCACCGCCUACCGCGGCCACUCAAGCAGCGCAUGCUCGAGUACUUCCAGACCACGUGGGCGGUCAACAGUGGCAUUGACGCCAACGAGUUACUGCGUGACUUCCCAGACGAGCUGAGAGCUGAUAUUGCUAUGCACCUGAAUCGGGAGAUCCUGCAGCUGCCGCUGUUUGGAGCAGCGAGCAGGGGCUGUCUGCGGGCUCUCUCCCUACACAUCAAGACCUCAUUCUGCGCUCCUGGCGAAUACCUGCUGCGCCGUGGCGACGCCCUGCAAGCGCACUACUAUGUCUGCUCUGGCUCACUGGAGGUGCUCCGCGACAACAUGGUGCUGGCCAUCCUGGGAAAAGGAGACCUGAUUGGGGCAGAUAUCCCCGAGCCUGGGUCAGGCACAGCUCCAAGCUGCGUGCUGAAGACCAGUGCUGAUGUGAAAGCACUCACCUACUGUGGCCUGCAGCAACUGAGCAGCCAAGGGCUGGCCGAGGUCCUGAGGCUCUAUCCUGAGUAUGGAGCUGCCUUCCGGGCUGGCCUGCCCCGGGACCUCACCUUCAACCUGCGCCACGGCUCUGAGACCAAUGGCCUCUGCCGCUUUUCCCGAUCCCCUCGCCUCUCCCAGCCCCGUUCAGAGAGCCUGGGCUCCUCCUCAGACAAGACCCAGCCAUCCAUCACAGAGGCCGAGGCUGGGGCCGAGCCUGGCGGUGGUCCCAGGCCCCGGCGGCCCCUCCUGCUGCCCAACCUCAGCCCAGCGCGGCCCCGGGGCUCCCUGGUCAGCCUCUUGGGGGAGGAGCUGCCCCCUUUCUCAGCCCUUGUCUCCUCUCCUUCCCUGUCCCCAGCCCCUUCCCCUGCCCUGGCUGGCCGGGGGCACAGCCCCUCCCCUCAUGGCCCCCCCAGGGGCUCUGCUGCCUGGAAGCCCCCCCAGCUUCUCAUUCCCCCACUGGGAACCUUUGGACCUCCGGACCUCAGUCCCCGGAUAGUGGAUGGCAUUGAGGACUCUGGCAGCACGGCAGAGGCCCCUACGUUCCGGUUCAGCAGGAGGCCUGAGCACCCUAGAUCUCGCUUGCAGGCCUCUCCUGCAGGGCCCAUGCCCAGCCAGGAAGCCGCCCCUGAGGCUGAGGAGGUGAAGGAAAAGGUCUGCAGACUGAACCAGGAGAUUUCCCGUCUCAACCGAGAAGUGUCUCAACUUAGCCAGGAACUUCGACACAUGAUGGGCCUGCUGCAGGCCAGACUGGGUCCCCCGGGCCACCCAACAGUCUCGGCUUGGCCCCCACACCCUCCUUGCCCACCUCAGAGGCCUCCGUGCAGUUCUCCUUAUAUGUCCGGACCACCACCUGGCCUCCACGAUACUACUCGGGCUGAGAUCCACUGCCCAGCCAGUGUGGGGACAGCAGAGAUGGGGGCUGCCCCCCCCAGCCUGAGACCCUCUGUACGGUCCCCCUACCCCUCCGAGCCUGACCCUCUGGGACCCUCCCCAGUGCCAGAGGCCCCGCCUCCAAACUCAAGCCUCAUGAGGCACAGCUUCCGGUCCAGGUCAGACACGAUCCACUGA